AUUCUUCACUCGCGAAUCGAACGACUCAUGCACGCUGCUCGAACCCUCCUCCGAUGCGCCCCGUUUGCCACUACCGCGGGCGCCCGACGUCCCAUUGGUGUAAGAUGUGUUGCGAUGGUGCGCCGCGCGAAUCCCCAGGACGGGGAUGACACAUCUGACGCGUCCGUCGACCUUUUGCGCACUGCCACCUCGAGCAAAGAAGUCGACCUGUGGCGCACCGUGUUUGGCGCCAAGUCUUCGUCUGCGUCGAUGGAUGAGGACUCAGUCGUAGAAGACGAUGUAUGUACCACCAACUUUGCCUACGAGGUCGUUGCCAAAGUUGACGAUAUCGCUGAAGAAACCGAAGUUGACCUGUGGAGCAACGUGUUUGGGGCAAAGAAACCCAAGGCUUCGGUACAUGACUCGAGUGUAUCCGACACAGAGAACGAUGUGUCAGGGGAAGAGGACCCCGUGGACUUGUGGGGCACCGUGUUUGGCGCGACCCCACCUGAUUGCUUUCGAGAGGAUCCCCCCGUCGAGUCUGCCGCUUCGUCCCCAAGUCUACCUCCGCUCAAAGAUCAUGCCGACGUAUGGACGUCAGUCUUUGGCAAGCGCGACGUCUAGCACGACGUCGCGAUCUACUUUCGAUAACGUGUUUUUCUAUUUAACA